AAGUAUUUGCAUUGAAAAGCAAAGUAGCAAUUAGCUAUUUAAAACAUUACCGAAAUAAUAAACCAUUGAUCGCAGAAAGGAUGGAUGCCACACCUGAUAGUUACAUAUAUAAUUUAUGUGUGUGGGACGAUUUAAUUUCUAAUGCAUUAUUCGAGAUCUUAAUUAAACCGUCUUUUUUGAUCAAGUAAACGAAUUGACAACUACAAUAUACAAAGCUAAUCAAUCGUUUGACAUGUAUCAGAAUGAAAUUGUAACUGCAUCGCAUCUCACUAAAUUGGAAUCUAUUGAAAAACGCUAUAAGCAACGUAUUAUUAGCAAGAUUGAUUCUAAACACAAUAUUAGUGUUUUGUUAUUAAUUAAUGUUACUACACAUGACAAAUAUAACAUUGUAACAGUUUAUUUUUUUACAAAAACGUCAGUUGAGAGAUGCACUGAUAUUGAAGACAUUUGAUAUCCCUGUGCACUGAUAUCAUGUUCACAUAAAUGUACUAAAGUGUGUAUUUAUCGUAUUUUAUCCAAGGUAUUCUAGCCGACGUAACAAACUAUUAAAAUAUAAUUUACGUUAGUAAUCUUUGAUUAGUUAUUCUUUAAAAACUAUAUUAAAAAGUUUUAUUUAUUUUUUAUUAUAAAAAUGUACGGCUAUAGAAUCAUUCAGUUACGUUUCGUUUUUGCAAUUUACCUAAUCUAUAUGCUAAUUUCAUGCUUUGUCAUAAAAACAACUUUUAAUGCACCUAUGACUACGGAGGAACUUCUAUGCCAUUGGGUUCGAGGCUCUUUAGCUGAUAAUAUUUAUGUAAAUAAUAACCGGGAUAGUUCGUAUAAAUUGUGUGUCCAGCGUAACAUAUCGAAGGGAACGGAUGCAAGCAGUGUUGGGCAUGAAGUGAUAAGAACGUUCAAGAUUUUCACAACAGUGCAUUGCAGCCACCAAAAAGAGAUGUUAAUUAACUUGUAUACACUAGAAACUUUGAAAUUUAGAUCUAUAACUUCUGAAAACUUGGAAGCUACUUACUUGAACAAGUUAUACAAGAACAAACUUCAGCUAAAAUACAUGUAUUACAUCGCACUAGUAAUAUAUUUACUGGUGAUGUGUUGUGCUUAUAUUUUAUGUUUAAAACCAAAGACAAAUUGUUUGCAUACCUUAAAUGAAAUUAGUUUCUGCAGCAGUUUUCCUAACCAAAAAGUACAGGAAACUUACUUAACAGACGCGAUUUCAAAAUUUGAAUGUGAUUGUAAAACUUCUUUUAUAUUGGAUAACGGUGAUUACGACAAAACAUACACAAAAUCAAAUUUUCUUUUGGAGGAAAGUUUCUACCUCCACCAGCCCAUUCUCUGUUUCCCCGUGUCUCUCCUCACCCGCUCUGCCAGCUUUCGUCCCGUCAUCAACAGGGACGACCUGGGCGGCACAAGUUUUCUGGAACUCUCCAACGCCGGGUUCAGGUAUCUGACACGGGAUGACGUCAUCGUGUGUGACGGGUGUGCUAAAUCAUGGAGGAUCAGUGACGUCACGUCGGACCCAGGACAAGACAGGUAUCACGACAGAGACUGCGUGUACAAGUCUACUGAACAAAGUAGCAGCCAAUCGAAUCUCACCGGAAGUGGAACUGAUGUUCCAGAAGUUUCUGACCGCCAGGUUCCCGCCGAUGUACAGGAAACGGGAUUUUCGAAUAUAACCGAACCAAAUUUACCCUUGACAGCGUAUAAUUAUAACACUCAAGCCUCCUCUCUGACGAGCUACAGCCAGAGCAGGUCAUCGGGCUACUCAUCUGGCUACUCAUCUGGCUACCACACGGGCCACAGUGACGAGAGCAGCUUGUUAAGUGCGUCAUUUGACACUGGAACUCAGGAACAUGCGGCGUCUGAUGAAUUUCUUAAGUCUGGCGAUGACAUUGGACCACUGUUUGACAAAGAAUAUCUAACACCUGAGAUUGAUAUGAAGCAAUCGCAAAAGCAACUAGCAAAUGGAAGCAGUGAAGACGCAUCAUGUGACAAGGAUCCCCUGCACACAUCAUCAUACCCUAUGAAUAAUUUGAAAGUGGAACAACUGCCUUCCUUGCUACAAGAUAAAUCGUGUUUGAAAUUCAUUCAACUAAUCGGGAUGUUGGUUGUAAGAGUCGUUGUAUCGUACAUGAGCUUAGGAGGCUUGGCAGUAAAGGAAGAUGGAAAAGGGGAUAAAAAGUUUCAUUAUCUUCUCGGAACUGGCCAUGCUUUAGAUAAACACGAGGACGUUCUAUCGUAUUUUCUAAAGAUUCAGCGGAAAGAAACAAAACAGACAUUUUCGAAAGAUACAUUUUUAUGUAUCGAAACAACCCGGAUGUUGAUGGAUAAGGACACCGAUCCCAGGAAUUGCUUGGUCGAGUUUUUCUACGACCCGUCGCAUCCAAACCAAGUUAAACAAGUAAAGUGUGUGGCCAUCUUUCACAGUCCUACUGUUGGGGAGCUCAGGUCGUACCUAGUAUGUCACUCCAACGACAAAGAGUUCGUUCACUGGCUGGACAGGAAGAGGGGGGAACUGUCCCGCCUGGCUGAAGAUUUGCCUGUCAGGGUCAAGGAGUAUCUCUGCAAGCAUGUGGUUGUCAUCGGCCACCCCCACGGCGGUCAACAGACCCUGUCACACAGCGAGCUCGCUGAGGUCCAUUACAUGCUCAAACUUCCUCAAACACAGCCAGGGUUCCUGACAGUUGAGGCUCUGGAACGUCAAAAAGCUAAUGAGAACCAGAACGUGAUGAAAGCUCUGAUCUACACGGCAAGCACAUGUGCUGGGUCAAGCGGAUCUGUGGUCAUCAAGUUUAGUCUGGUCUCCAACAGAGACGGUGGACAAUCUAGGUAUCACAUGGACAUUUGGAUACACAGUGGAGUGGACAAUUAUUUAGGCCUCAACACUUCUGCUAUGAAAGUCUACAACAGAUCGGAUUGCUCAACCAUGUUGCCCCUGGCAACAAAUGUAGGUCAGUCUGCAGAGACUCCCUCACCCAGCCGACAAGAUUUACCCUCUAGGCUGCCCGGGGUGCUGACUACACCCAGCCUCAGCCACCCUGCGUACCCAGCAUACAUCUCGCUGGGGAAGAGAAUUCAGAGCUUCACCAACUGGCCGGCUAACUACAUUCACCAGCCUAUGGAUCUGGCUAGGGCAGGGUUUUUCUAUGCCGGCUAUGCGGACUGUGUUCGAUGUUAUCAAUGUGCCCUAGGUUUGAAAUCCUGGAAGCCUGGGGAUGAUAUCAAUGACCAACACAGAAAGUUCAGACCACAUUGUGAAUUUCUCAACAUCUACAGCAGAGGAACCAACGAGUCGCCCAGUGGAGCAGCAUCGCCUCAAACAACUCCAUCAGUAACACAAGCAAGAGGCAACGUAAUGGAACACAACAACAGGGAAGUCAGAACAACUGCUAACCAAAGCUUGCCACAACCUGUGGGUCAAAGUGGGGCACAGACAAGAGACCCUGAGACUAGAUCAUCUCAAAAUAUGGCACAACAGACUAUUGUACUAUCCACCAGUUCACAGCAAGUCCAAGAGAGAAGAAAUAUCAAGAUGAGUUUGCUGGAGAAAGAAAACCGAACACUUGAGCAACAGACGAUGUGUAAACUGUGUCACGUGACCACUGUCAGGGACCUGUUCCUGCCCUGCGAUCACCUGUUUGCCUGCAGCAGUUGCUCCAAGUCUCUGACACAUUGCCCUGCCUGCAACACCCAGAUUCUGUCCACCGUCACAACCUACUUCACCUGAGGGCCGCUGUUGCUGUGGUCUGGUUAUUGUCUUUCACACGAGAGGCAAAGUUAGCAGCCGAUUCCACCUAUUCACCAUAUACCCUAAACACUUUCUUUGAGGCUCUCUUAGGGGGGGGGGGUGAAAUAAUAAAGAAAAUAUAUACUUCAAUCAGUGUCCAUACUCUGGCAAUUUAUGUCAUCCCCCCUCCCCCGGAUAAAAAGGUCUGAAAGAAACAACUAAUUCGCCAUGUACACUUCACACCGACUUCACCAUAUUGCCAUCCUAGACACAAACUGAGUCCAACAAUACGGACCUUCACACAUGGCUGGGAAAAAAAAUGAUAACCGAGAAACAGUUUUUUUGUUCAAAAGUAACAAGUGCCUUAGAUGUUGUUUUUUUUUUCGAACACCCCCUGGAAAGGACCGCAAACUGUCUCACGUUUUGAACACCAGCUCUACUGGAAUCCAUCUAGGACAUUAUCAUUUAAACAGAUGGAGAGCUUUAUUUGUAGAUUGUGUAAAUAAUGUGUAAAUUGUAAUAUGCUUAAAAGACGCUUUAUUUUUAUACUAAUGAAAAUAGUUGUUUAAAUACAUGUAUUUUAUUUUUAAAUGUGUAGACUUAUAGUUUUUGUAAAAUGUAUGUCUUUGAGUCCAUUCGACUCUAAUGGGUAACUGACACACUUUAGGGACAGUAAAUUUGACUGGUUAUCGAACUGACCACUAACUCUUUAUAAGCCAAGGUUACAGAAAAAGGUGAAUUCUUCUUCACAUGUUGCACUAGCCAGAUGGUCUGAAAGGGUAGGCAUGUACGAAAUCUGAUUUUUAACAGUAGCUAAAAAAAUUGUUCUUUAUUUUCAUUUAGGUUUACCUCUAAACUUAAUGAAAUUAAAAAAAAAUAUUCUGUAUUGUAUUCAGUGGCAUAGCCACUGUAAAGCUAGCGUAAGCAAGGCAUAGGGGCCCAAGGCAUUUAGGGGCCCUUUUUCCUCUUUAAAAAAUUAUAAAAAAUUUUACGUUGGAAUUUUAAUAUUUCUUUUAUAUAAUUAAAUUUAAAAAUAAAAUGAAAAUUCCGUUUCUUUUCUAUUGUAGAAAUAAUUUAAUUUUCCAAAAAGGCACCCAGUCCUUUCUUACUUUACAAGUAGUGGGAUUCAGUGGGGAGGGGGGGUCAAACAGGGUCCAUCCUUAAUAAUAUCACUAUAUCUUUCCCUUAAUGACAUUUUAUUUGUUGAUCUAAUUAAUCUUUAAUAAGUAUGGCGCUAUUAACACAAAAAGUUUUUGGUUUUCAUCCAAUCGCCGAGAAACUUUGGGAAAUCGUUGAGAAUACGCCAAAGGAAGUUUUUUUUUCCUUUUUCCAGAAAGAAACUUUGACUUUUGGGGAGGUUUCUGCCAUUAAAUGUUUAUUUUAUUUUUGAGGGCGGCGCCCCGCCAGUAAGGCGGUGUGGUUUGCCACCCAGAGUUUCCCAGUGGCUAUCUUUGUAAAUAGGGUCCGUUGAUUGGGUAUCCGGCGCAGCGAGUCAGCGUUACUACUUGAUUUAGCUGAUAAAUUGCACGGGCGCAUCAGCCGGCACCCCGGCUGUCGCCUAUAUUCGUUUUAAUGAGCACCAUACACAUACAUAUUUUAGAUAUAGAAGCAGCUAAAGUAGAUUUCAAUGAACGUAUUAAUCAAUUUACAAAAUUAAAAGCAUGAAAAAAAAAACAGAUCUAAAUAAAUCGUAUGUUAUCUUACGUGUUUACUAAAGGUGUCACACCAUCGUCUCCAACAAUUUUGCAUUUUCGGAGGGGUGUUAACCCUCUCUCACUAAUCUUUAUUAUUUUAUCUGCGUACAACUUAGAUUUGACAGUAAAUUGUACACUGUCUUGUCAUGGUGUCACGCCUAAAUGUUGUCAUCCUAUGCGGACCACACCUCUGUCCCCGCCUUGUGAUGUUACUGUGUUUGUUUACUUAAAAAACAAAUUAACUGUAAGCCGUUAACAUUUUUACAAAACUACAUACUAAUAUAGUAUAAAUAACAAUAAGGACGAAUAAAUUAUAAAAUGAACAAAAUAUUUAUAUUUUUUAUAUAUUCUCCAUCAUAAGUAGCAGUUUUUUUUUUCGUUUAACUCCAUUGUAGCUUAAAGCUGACGAAGGGGCCCACUGAUCAUUUUUGCAUAGGGGCCCAAAAAUCCUAGCUACGCCACUGAUUGUAUUGUUGUAUAAUCAAUUUCUAUCAGUGUUUGUAGCAUCUUGAGUAAUGUUGCAUACCAAAAGCAUAUUUAGUAGAGAAAUACGACAUGUUUUGUUUUCUAUAUGACGUUGUAGUUAUCACAACGGAUUUUAUCUUGAAAUAGAUUUUUAUGUCAAUAAUCAAUAUUUAAUAAUUUAAUAAUCAAUAUUUAAAUUUUAACUAACAGAUCGGAGAAUUUAACACUAUGUAUAUAUUUUUAAACAUAGGUUUACUUUUUAAAAAAAUCAAUUGCUAUAACAAAGAUAAGUUUAAUAAUACUUUUGAUGUUUUGUUAAGUUUAACAAAUUCAUUUUUAUUCACAAUUAUUAUGCGUAAACAAAGUAAACUAAACCAUUUUGACAGUCAAUAAAAAAGUUUCAAAUUAACUAAAAUCAUUAUAUAUAGGCCUACUAUUACAAUUUUACUGUGAGAUAUUUAGUCUGCAAUAUUUUGUCUGAGAUAAUUUGUCCAUUAUAUAAUUUGCCUGAUAUAUUUUGACCAGGUAACUUUUGUCCUGAGAUAAUUUGUCCUAAGAUUAUAUGUCCGUGAGAUAUUUAGUCGAUAUAUUUUGUCUUUGAUAAUUUUUCCUGAGAUCAUUUGUCAUUUAAACAUAUCACCAUG